GGCAAUCCCCGUGUCAAAGCUGGUCGAUCAUGGAGAGAUAAUUGCAGGGCCAAGCGAAGGGAGAGGGAUGGGGGGUGGGAGGCGAUCAUCUCGAAUACCGGUAAACUCACCAUGAUUAUACAUCCCCAUCCACCAUGCCAUCUGCCAUGCAAGAGUGGCGACCCGUCUGCGAAUUCACAGGUUACCCGAAAAAAGACCCCGGAGCCGUAUCCGGCAGGGUCGGCACUGGGUCGCGCAGGGCAGAAGCGUACGUUAGGUUCGGUAUACAAGAGAAAAGAGAGAAGAGGCGGUUGCACGCAUUGUUCCACACAAACCGCCGAGGACUCAAGCGUGCAUCAUCAUCACCGAUCUUCAGCACUAGCACUCCCGUCGCGGCUAUGUGAGCCUGGUCCAUCAGUCGAUGAACGCACGUACGCUCCACCGCCUUGGACCUCGCGCCGUCGAUCGUCAGGGGUGGUAAAACGUCAACUCCUGCAGAUCCGGCUUCGGCUCGCCGGUCCUCUCCCCACGGGACCACGCGCGGCAGUUAGUCUGGCAUCUGUUGGCGCCCGAUCUAUGCAGCCAUCCUCGCAGACAUGGGGAUGUUUCUCUGCGGAGCUGGCAAGCCUACGUCGCCUCUCGAGAUCGCGCACGGGGGUGCCGUCGAGGAAGGCUUGGCCUGGCCAGACCCAGCUGAGAACACCCCGGCGAAGUUUCUGGGUCGGCGGGUAUUACGGACAUGGACGGACGGGACUCGCGUUUCGAUUUCGCCUAACGUCGCGCCAAGCUCCUCAGGAUCGCCGUCGCAGCGCGCAGCACACGCUACCGACUCCGAGACAGGUGUUACAGGACGGUGUUACAGGAGACGAAUCGAGUAUUCCUGACUAAUCCGCCUGCCCGUGUUGUUAUCACGUGAUCCUACACAGAAUUAGCACUCUCAUAAGCACACCUUUGCCCAGGCGCUAGCACCCAGUGUGUGCACUGCGCCCA